UAAUAAAUCAGUCACUUGCUGUACAUUUAAUAAGGUGCAUACAAUUAUCAUGUAGGGUAAACUUUCAUUUAAACCAUUAUUUGAACUUUGUAAUAUUACAGUAAAUUACGUAAAUAACAUUCAUAUAUUUUGUCAGUGAUACCAACUGUGUUCUGCAAUGUCCAUGGUGUUACAGCGUGUUUCAAAAGAUACAGAAAUUAUGUAUAGUCAAGCAUUAAAAGACAGAGUGGCGUAUAUUACAGUUUAUUGUUACUCUAUUUUUAAGUAGAAUAACGUAAUUGCGAAAUUCUGAUAGACUACUGUGAUAUUGUUGAUCGACGGAAGAAAGUCGCGAUUAAAAAUUUGGACGCUCGUCUUCCCGAGUGGUUCCAAGAUUUCUUUGUUAUUUUAGUCUUUUUUUUUCAUAUGCGAUAAACGCGAAAAUCUCAUCAAUUAUCGCACAAUUGAUUAUUUAAUCUAAUUAAUUGGGAAAGAAAAAAAUGAUGCGAAAAGCGUGCAGUCUUUUACGAGGCUCUGAAUCUGUACGGAGAACUUGUGUUAGAAGCUUAAAUUUAGUACCAGUCGUCGUAGAGCAAACUGGACGUGGUGAACGUGCUUAUGAUAUUUAUUCAAGGCUACUUAAGGAAAGGAUAAUAUGUCUUAUGGGACCGAUCACAGACGAUGUAUCAUCACUGGUUGUUGCUCAAUUAUUGUUUCUUCAAUCAGAGAGCAGUAAGAAGCCCAUUCAUAUGUAUAUAAAUUCACCUGGUGGUAGCGUCACAGCAGGUCUUGGUAUCUAUGAUACUAUGCAAUAUGUUCUUCCUCCUGUUGCUACCUGGUGUGUAGGACAGGCUUGUUCAAUGGCAAGUUUACUAUUAGCUGCUGGUGCUCAUGGUAUGCGCCAUUCACUUCCAAAUGCCAGAAUUAUGAUCCAUCAACCUUCUGGUGGAGUGCAGGGACAAGCAACCGAUAUUCAGAUACAGGCAGAAGAGAUUCUCAAACUUAAGAAACAAAUUAACAAGCUCUAUGUUAAGCACACAGGACUGGAUCUGCUGAGGAUAGAGAAUAGCAUGGAAAGAGAUAAAUUUAUGAACCCUACUGAUGCCAAGGAAUUUGGAAUAAUAGAUAAGGUACUGGAACACCCCUUACAGGAAAGAGAGGAGAGUUCGUUGUCAAAUAUCUUGACAGAGAGUACUGUCGGUAGUACAACACCAGCAUAAGUUAUAUGUUACCAUUGUUAGACCUGCAGUAAACAAAACGUAUGAUACUAUAAAAAAUUUGUAUUAAUAUUAAAAAAAAAUAAUAUUUAAUAAACAUCGUUAUAAACCCUAA